AUGCCCUUUACGAAAUCUGCUCCUGGCAUCUUGUCGAUGGGCAAGGCGACCUUCCAGGUGCCGCAAGACGCGCUCUUUGGUAGGAACCGCCAAAAGCUACUGAAUGAAUUGAAAGGCAGCUGUGAAGGAGUCAUUUUCCUGCGAGGCGGCAACAAUCCCGAACGGUUCGAUUCGGACCAUGAACCCAUCUUUCGUCAAGAAUCGUACUUUUGGUAUUUGACGGGUGUCAAGGAACCCGAUUGUGCCGUGGCCAUUGAUAUUUCCACCCAGCAAGUGACGCUGUUUAUUCCCAAAUUACCCGCCGACUAUGCCACCAUUAUGGGACGCAUUCAAUUGCCAGACGAAUGGAAGGACCAUUAUCAAGUGGAUCAGGUCAAAUACCUCGACGAGAUGGAGAGUACAUUGGAAGAGACUUUGCUGGACGAUAAACCAGCCAUGAAUGGACAUACCACAAAUGGUGAUACUACUCAUGCAGGCAGCACCAACAACAAGAAACUCUAUCUCAUGAAGGGUCCCAACUCGGAUUCUGGCAACAUGUAUGAACCACCCACCCUGGAAUCCAAACGCCUCCAAGACAACACUAUUAUUGACGUGGACACCUUAUUUCCCAUUUUGGCCGAAUGUCGCGUCGGUAAAAGCGAGACGGAAUUGGCCAUGCUCCGUCAUGUCACGGAAGUCACGUCGUUUGCCCACGCCUAUGUCAUGCGCAACAUUCAACCGGGAAACAUGGAAUAUCAAGGAGAAUCCUUGUUUCGACACUACUGUUAUUACAAUUACGGAUGUCGGUUGGUCGGCUACACGAGUAUUUGUGGCUGUGGACCCAAUGCGGCCGUACUGCAUUACGGACAUGCGGGAGAACCCAAUGAUCGACAACUCGAACACGACAACAUAUGCCUCUUUGACAUGGGAGCCGAGUAUUUUGGAUAUGGAUCCGAUGUCACGUGCAGUUUCCCGGCCAGUGGCAAAUUCAAUGACCGACAGCGACACAUCUAUCGCGGUGUGCUGCAGGCACAAAUUGAUGUCUACAACAUGCUAAAACCGGGAGUCUCGUAUUUGGAUUGUCACAAGGCGGCCGAAGCGGCCAUUUUGAAAAAUCUCAUUGCCAUGGGAAUGGUUACGACCAAUGACAAGACAGUGGAAGAAUUGGUCGAAAUGAGAUUGGGAGCCGUCUUUAUGCCACAUGGAUUGGGACACUUUAUUGGAAUUGACACACAUGACGUGGGCGGGUACCUUCCAGGGCACCAGCCACGAAUCGACGAGCCUGGACUUCGAAAACUAAGGACCGCCCGGGACAUGAAAGAGAACAUGACAUUGACGGUCGAACCCGGCUGCUACUUUAUUGAUCACUUGCUGGAUGGGGCCCUCGCGGAAGAAUCGCCCUUGAAACCAUAUCUCAACGAAACAAUGAUUCAAGAGUAUCGUGGAUUUGGAGGUGUUCGCUUGGAAGACGUCGUGGUCAUUACAAAGGAUGGAUGCAUCAAUUAUACCCUGUGUCCACGGACCAUCGAGGAAGUGGAACAUGUCAUGAGUGGAGGCAAAUGGCCGCCAACAGAGGACAAAGCGCCGGAACUGAGAAGAGAACGACUGCUCGACCCCAAUCCACUGCCGUCGCCACCGUCGUUGUGA